CGUGCAUGUACGAAAUUUCGAUAACAACAAAUGUUUCUAGUAUUCUUAACCGCAUUCAUGAUGAUCUUUGUUUUCAACCUAAUGUGACGUUCCCCCCUUUGUGAUGAAACCCCCCUCUUGAUUUCUACCUCUGGUCACAGUCCAUGGCUGUCUGUCCAAGUAGCCGUUGAUCAAAUACACGAGAAAACGUACAACAAAAUAAGGUGGUUUGUUGUGAUUGCUUCAGUGGAAUUUUGUGAAAUUUAACCGUCUCCAGAAGUAUCUUUCAAUCAACAUGGGUUGGCAAUUAUUGUUCACUUUCACUAUCUUAAUUAUUGGUACAUACGGCCAAAUAUCCAAUGAGCUAGAUGUUGAUGAUAUCAAGAAGCAAAUAGGAGAGCACAUUCCUGAUGUAGAUUUAAGUGGUAUUGAUCAGAGUAAGAUUCCACAAGCUGAUGAAAUAGAUCUCAUAUUCCGCAACAAAUGUGAUUCUAAGAGCGGAAAUGGCACAUAUGAAAAGGUUCAGGCAUCUAAAGAUAUUUACCAAGAAUGUAUAUCCAAUUUUAUCAACAUCACUGAAGUGAAAGCAGAAAUUGAAGAAGCAAAAAAGACUGGUUCCAUGGACGAAGUAUUUGGAAAAUACUGCAGCAAGUAUCCAGAAGUUUCGAACUGCACCGAUGAUUUUAUUGAAGCCAUCCAACCUUGCUUAGAAGAGAAUGAGAGGAAAAGUCUAAAUAUUUCUAUAGGGCUCACACAAAAGCUGAAAGAAUUUAUUUGUCACAAGAACGGCGACAGACUCGCAAUGUUUGUUGCUGAGGGAGGUGUUGACUGCUUACAAUCUCAAAAAGAGGCUCUGCAACAAUGUCUGAACAGCACUUGGGGCUCCAAAAUACCCAAAGAUGUCACCCCCAACGUCUUUCCUGUUUUACUUUUCGACGCUCAGGACUGCAGCGAUUUCGGUAAAUUCAGAACAUGCGUAGGAGAAGCUUUGGGACACUGUAACGAAACAACUCCAGCCAACUUGAUGGAUGCCUUCUUCAAAUUCCUAAAGAAAAUUACUCCUUGUGCACUUAUUGAACAGGAAAAAGCUCAAAGCGUGAAAGAUUCCGGUUUUAGUUUCACGCCAAUGUCAAGUCUUGUUUUACUGGUAACAGUACUUCUAGUCAAACUAGUAUAAAUGCCGAGUUGGGAUGAAGAAAUUAAAGAUCAGCACUUGUAUGAUAAUUUAUGGCUACGUACUAAGUACGAAACACACCUUCCUCUAAAUUUCAUAAUGUCCAUUUUAUCAUUCGUAUUCGAUGUUGAUACUCAUUAGUUGAAGGUUCACAUUUUCAAAUUAUUGUUUAUUUUACUCAGAUCGAUGUGAUUCAAUUUUAUAUGUGGACGGUUUUUUUGAACUCUUUUUUUUUAUCAGUGGAAUUGGUUCCGUGAGUCCUUUAUUAACGAAGGUUGUUGUUACUUUCUAUUAUUGUGAUAUUGUUUUAAAUGGGAAACUUAGAUAUUAAAAAAGAAUAAAUUUUA